CAAGUCACAAGCUUAUUCUAUUUCUUCUCCUUAUUCACAGAAUCUUAAUCUCACUCUGUUCUUGGGAGGCUUUAUAAAACCCUGCCUUUUCUGUUCUGAGUUCUAUUUAGACGAAAGCUCAAUCGGGUUGUUUUGAGAGUAGUGAAGUAGUUAAGAAAUAACUACAAGUUAGCUGAGUUUUUUUGAUUUUGAACGUUUUAGAUCAAAUUUUGACUGUUGGAUCAGAGUAUCUUUCUCGGUGGUUGUAAUUUUUGGGGUUUUUUCUAUUAAUCUCUGGGUUGAGUGAGAAGCUUUUAUUUUACUCCCUUGGGUUUAAUCAUUGUGUUUCUGGGGUAAUGUAUACUUUGGUCAGAGAUCCAUCAGACAGAGCUGGUAGGUGGGCAUAGAGAAAAAAAAAGGGGGGGGACCUUGACCGGUAGAUGAGAGAAAGAGAUGAAACUGAACCCUAGAAAAUGAAAACUUCGUACCUACAAGGCUUCUUUGGAGUUCUAAGAUGAAAACCCAAUAGUAGAUUUUUUGCUUUUUGUCCUGUAGAUUGAGUUCAAAAAAAAGGAAAACCCAAGAGAGAAAUUCUUAGUUCUGAUGCCGACCGACCUGGAUAAUUCAUCUACAGCUUCGGGUGAAGCUAGCGUUUCUUCCUCUGGCAACCAACCUGCUCCUCCCAAACCCACCACCAAGCUCAAAAAGAAAAUUCCCCAUGUUACAGAUCCAGAUGCAGAGGUGAUUGCUCUGUCUCCCAAGACCCUAUUGGCCACAAACCGUUUCGUUUGUGAAAUUUGCAACAAAGGGUUUCAGAGGGAUCAGAAUCUGCAGCUUCAUAGGCGUGGUCAUAAUCUGCCAUGGAAGCUGAGGCAGAGGUCAAGUAAAGAGGUGAAGAAGAGAGUCUAUGUCUGCCCAGAGCCCUCUUGUGUGCACCAUGACCCAUCAAGAGCUUUGGGUGAUCUCACUGGGAUAAAGAAGCACUUUUGCAGAAAGCACGGCGAGAAGAAGUGGAAAUGCGAUAAGUGUUCCAAGAAAUAUGCGGUUCAGUCGGAUUGGAAAGCCCAUUCCAAGAUUUGUGGUACCAGAGAGUACAAAUGCGAUUGUGGGACUUUGUUUUCAAGGAGGGAUAGCUUCAUAACACAUAGGGCCUUCUGUGAUGCUUUGGCUGAGGAGAGCGCCAGAGGCCAUACCCAAACUCCAACCCAGACUCAAACGGAAGUGAAUUUGAAUUCAGAAUCAGACCCAAAAGCUCAAAGUGCUAAUUCACCUCCACAGCCAACGCCACAGCCACCAGUUCCUUCCCAAGCUACAACUUCAUCAGUCCCAUCUCAGUCAGCUGGUUUAUUAUCUUCACCUAUGCCUAGUACACAAAAUCCAGUGACAGAAUUGGCUGAAAAUCCCACACAAACUAUGGAAGAAGCACCAGCUGUGACUGGUCCGAAGGGGAACUGUAGCAGCAGCAACAGCUCAAGCAGCAAUGGUAGUACAAGCAGUAGUGUUUUUGCAAGUUUAUUUGCUUCCUCAACAGCAUCAGCAAGCUUGCAACCUCUUCAACCUCCUGCAUUUACUGACUUAGUUCAAGUCAUGGGGAAUCCAGAUAGUACAACUGACUUAGCACCAUCUUCUUCCGUAGAACCUAUCUCUCUUGGCCUCUCAACCAGCCAUGGAUCCUCACUUUUUGGGCCUGCAGGACAGGAGCGUAGGCAGUAUGCGCCUCCACCACAACCAGCUAUGUCAGCUACAGCACUGCUUCAGAAAGCUGCUCAAAUGGGAGCAGCAGCAACUAAUGCAUCGUUGCUUCGUGGGUUUGGCAUUAUGUCUUCCUCAUCAUCUUCUGCACAACAAGAGAGUUUGCAAUGGAGUCAGCGGCAAGCAGAACCAGAUAGUGCCUCAGUUGCUGCAGGGCUUGGACUUGCUCUUCCUUGUGAUGGAGGUUCAGGAUGGAAGGAACUAAUGAUGGGAAGUCCUUCCAUGUUCGGGCCUAAGCAAACCACACUCGAUCUUUUGGGAUUAGGAAUGGCCGCUGGUAAUAGCCCCAGUGGAGGCUUGUCAGCCCUAAUUACAUCUAUCGGUGGAGGCCUCGAUGUAGCCGCUGCAGCUGCAUCCUUUGGAGGCGGAGAAUACAGUGGUAAAGACUUGGCAAGGGGCUCAUGAAAUGGAAUAUUGAAGAAGACAUUUUGUUCCAUUUGACUUAGAGGAAGGGGUGUACAAGGUGCAGGCUCAUCUGGAGUAUGGAAAGUAGAUGUUGCAGAGUGAAGUAAGACAUACAUAAAACUAAAAUAAAAGAUUAGCCCUCAUGGCAUAGAGGUAAGCAUCAGAACACAGGCAGUUGGGUCUUUUUUAUUGUUCUGCUGCCUUGGUGACUAGGGCGAAAACGACUUUGUCUGGCUGGUGUAGACUUUUGUGAAAGCUAAAACCAGAGAACCUUUCUUCUGUUUGUUUAACUUGGGGAUUUCAGCAUACGUGAAGUGUAAGCCAGAAAAAUGGGAGGAAACGUGUAUGUUAGUUUGUGUUAGCUUAAGGUGAUUUGGUGAAUGAAUAUGUACCUACUACAUGCAUUCUUUAAUUUUGUCAAGUUUCUCAAGCCAAGCCUAGUGAUAAAGGUUCAGUGGAUGAGUUUUACCAAUUGGGUUUGCAAAACUAGGCCUAAGUUUUUCUUUGUAGCAAUUUGUAGUGGCCAGGUAGCGGUAGAUGGAUGUAGUUUGGGGCUGAUCUUGUAAAUUACUGUUUGAGUAGGCUGUCGUUUUUGGGCUCCUGGACUUGGUCAAACCCUCCAAUUUCCAUCACUUUGUAUGUACAAUUAAAUCAAGAUUAAAUUAUUAUCUUCUAGUUAUUUAAGUUCUUGAGGCUGAGA